CCAUGUUUCCAUUCAGUAGAUGUUUGUUUUCAUUUGUGCUGCUUGUGUUUCUUGUUCGUUGGUGUGAUGGUGCGAUUAUAGAAAAGAAAGUGCAUGUAAGGAUCAUCAAUGACUUGGGAAAUGGCUCAGAUCUUAACCUUCACUGUAAAUCCAAAGAUGAUGACCUUGGGGUUCAUGUCCUUGCCCCUCAUCAAUUCUUUGAAUUCAGUUUCCGACCAAACUUUUGGGUUACUACGUUGUACUUCUGUAGGUUCUGGUGGGGAGAUGAAUCCCAUUGGUUUGACAUAUACGUGGAGCGGAGGGAUGUGGGCCGAUGUAACAAGCAGUGCUGGUGGACGGUAGCUGCAGUUGGUCCUUGUUUACUGGAUGCAAGAGUUCAACGAUACACUCUUUGCGAAAACUGGAAGGACCAAAAGCCUGAGGGUUCAAGUCAAGGACCAAAAGCUAGAAUGUACAAUGACAACAAACAUUUGGAGGGCAAUGAGAAAGAGGGAAAUGCUAUCAUCAUUUAUUAAUUGUUACUUGCGCUAUGUAUGGUGAAAAUAACUCCAUGUAGAUAAAUUUCCUUAAUAAUAUCUACAGGCUCAAGAAAAUCAUUGUCUA